AUGGGUAGCUCCCGGACAAUUCGUGAAUUAUUGGACAUGGUGUCCAAACAGCGCCCUAGUUUUGUUUUUAUCAUGGAAACAAAAUCUACUACGAGCCAGAUGGAAAGAGUGCGUGUACGAAUGGGGUAUGAAGGUUUGUUUUGUGUUGAUCGGGUGGGCUUAGGUGGUGGUUUAGCAUUGUUCUGGAGGGAUUCAGGGAUGGCAUCUCUCAUUAGCUUCUCAACCAAUCAUAUUGAUGUUGAAGUACACUUGCCAGGGAAACUGGUUUGGAGGCUAACGGGUUUCUAUGGACAUCCCGAGAGAUCCAAGAGACAACUGUCAUGGGACCUCCUUCGUAAGCUCAAAGAGGACUCAUCUCUGCCAUGGGCUGUAAUUGGUGAUUUCAACGAUAUUACCUCCCAAGCAGAGAAACGUGGUACGCAUACUCAUCCUAUUAUGCUCAUUGAUGGGUUUAAUACGGCAUUAAAUGAUUGCAAUCUGUUUGAUAUGGGAAUGAGGGGGAAUCAGUUCACGUGGGAACGGGGUCGUGGAACUGAUGCUUGGGUCGAGGAGCGACUUGAUAGGGUUGUAGCUUCUAUUGAAUGGGCUGAUUUGUUUGGCGAGCGUAUUGCUCAUUGUGGGGACUCCCUUUGGCUUUGGGGUGGCGAGAUAUAUAACAAAUUCGGUAAGAGGAUUCGACAGUUACGUGACAAGCUUAAGUUUCUAAAGGAGAGCAGAAUUCCUAUUGUAAUCACUCAAUUCUUGGAGGCAGAGAAGGAACUAGAUGGGCUCCUAAAACAGGAAGAAGUGUUCUGGAAACAAAGGUCAAAGCAAUUGUGGCUCAAACAUGGCGACCUGAACACAAAGUAUUUUCACACUUUUGCCUCCACUCGCCGCCGUAACAAUCACCUGCAACGCCUUUUGAACCCUGAUAAUAUUUGGACCGAGGGUAAUGCUUUAAAUCUUGAGGUUCUCAGGUAUUUCAACCAAAUUUUUCAAUCAGCUGGUACUAGUUCAAAUAUUUUCCCCCAUGUUCGAUCCCGGAUUUCUGAGGAGAUGAAUGCCGAUCUUUUGCAGCCGUUCACUAUUGAGGAGAUCAAAGCUGCUCUUUUUUCAAUGGCCCCCGAAAAAUCUCCCGGUCCUGAUGGUAUGUGCCCUUCUUUUUAUCAAACUUUUUGGCCAAUUGCUGGGCAUGAUUUAUAUAUAUUUAUUAUGCAUUGCUUCAAUACUUGUGCCUUCCCCGAGGGGCUAAAUGACACCAACAUAGUGCUUAUUCCGAAGAAAAAGGUGCCGGAAAGGGUUUCUGGUCUUCGGCCGAUUGCCUUGUGUAAUGUGGCAUAUAAGGUUCUGGCAAAGGCUCUUGCGAAUCGUAUGAAGGUCACUUUGGAAAGUAUCAUCUCCCCUUCUCAAAGUGCCUUUGUUCCGGACAGGCUACUGACUGAUAAUGUUAUUAUUGCGAGCGAGAUUGGGCAUUACCUACGCUGGAAAAGCACUGGUUUGACUAGUUGGGCUGCGUUGAAGCUUGACAUGGCCAAAGCCUACGAUCGCAUGGAAUGGGACUUUUUGAAAGGCAGGCUGUUGGCACGAUCACUCCUACCAGAGGGAUUCGGCAAGGAGAUCCAUUAUCUCCUUACUUAUUUAUUCUCUGUGCUGAAGGAUUAUCUAUUUUGCUUCAAAGGGCCGGAGGCCCGGGGUGACAUUCAUGGUGUUAGAAUUGCUAGAGGUGCACCCGCUAUAUCUCAUCUUUUUUUCGCCGACGACAGCCUCCUUUUCUUUAAAGCCACUAGUGCUCAAGCCCAGAAAAUUAAGGAUUACCUAGAAGAGUAUAGUGCAGCUUCAGGGCAAGCAAUUAACUAUACUAAGUCGAGCCUGAUGUUCAGUACGAAUACACCGGAGGAGUUACGUUUAUCUGUAGCGACUUGUGUUGGGGUUCCUGAGUCGACGGAUUUUGGGCGUUAUCUUGGUUUACCUUCGGUGUUGGGAAAAAAUAAGACCGCCAUUUUUCGUUAUCUUGAGCAGAGAAUUCAAGAGAGGAUUGGUAGUUGGCAACAUAAAUUUAUUUCAAGGGCUGGCAGGGAAGUUUUAAUCAAAAGCAUUGCUCAAGCACUUCCUAUUUUUACAAUGUUUGUUUUCCUCUUGCCAAAUCAGUUGUGUGAUAGUAUUGAGAAACUGCUUAACAGAUAUUGGUGGAGUAGUGGAGGGGAGCGGCAGAAGGGCAUUCAUUGGUUGAGCUGGGCACGGUUAAGCAAACCAAAAAAAUAUGGAGGGAUGGGGUUUAAGCGCAUUCAUGAGUUCAACAUCGCUCUACUAGCCAAGCAGGGUUGGCGUCUGCUAAUCAAACCAGAUUCUUUGGUUGGCAAGUUACUGAAAGCUAGAUACUUUCCUCGUUGUGGUUUUUUAGAGGCACAACUCGGCUGUAAUCCGAGCUAUAUUUGGAGGAGCAUUUUAGCGGGUCAACAGGUUCUUAAACAAGGGGUUGCUCGCACUAUAGGUGAUGGAGUUGACACUAAUAUAUGGGGUUGGCCUUGGUUAGCUGAUACCAGAGAUCCAAACCUUCAAACGCAGUGUGCUGAAUAUUUAAUUGAUGCUAAAGUUAGCGGGUUGAUGGAUGCAAAUGGUCAGUGGGAUGUGGAGGUUCUUGAGGACUUGUUCACUGAUACGGAUGUUAAAAAAAUAUUAGCAACACCGACUUCUUGUAAUUAUAAAGAUUCUUGGCGAUGGCAAGGUGAUAUACGGGGUCUGUACUCUGUUAAACAUGGGUAUCAUCUUCUAACGGCUAAUUCCAUGUUAAAGAGAUCCUCAAAUCUAAAAGAGUAUGGAUUGGAGGGGGAUGCCCAUUGUGUGAUCACGUCGAGGAAACGCCUGCCCACCUUUUCUGUCACUGCAUUGUUGCGCGUCAGUUAUGGGAGAAUGCUGAUGUACUUCAGGGUAGAUCUUUGCCAGUUUUUAUGGAUGAUGUUCUUUGUUUGCCCACGGUUGACAGAGCUAUUUUCAUGGCAGCAGUGUUCUGGACAGUAUGGUCAACGCGGAAUGAUUGUGUGUGGAGAAAUGGGGUUUGGAUGGUUGAAUGCUUGCGGAGGAUUUGGUGCGGUGAUUCGUGAUCACUUGGGAACCUUUGUGGCGGCCAAAAGUGAUACCAUCGGUUGUGUUCGUGAUCCGUUGCUUGCAGAGGCUAUGGCGAUUAAGGAAGCGUUGGCUUGGGUUAAAGAACUUGGGCAUAAUAAUCUUAUUAUUGAGACUGAUUGUUUAAAUUUUUGUUUAGCUUUCCACUCUCGUACUCUGGAUUUCUCGUAUGUUGGUUCUAUUAUUAAGCAAUGUCGUAUUAUUGCUAGGGACAUUGGCAACCUAUCGGUUCGCCAUGUCAAGCGGUCAGUGAAUCAUGUGGCUCAUGUUCUUGCAAAGGCAACUGGUUCUUUGUCUGUCCGGGGUUCCUGGGUUCUACACCCACCUGACUGUAUUGCUGCUUUAUUGUUUUCUUAA